CAGUCAGUCCCAUUAAACCAAGGUNNCCCCCUGCAAAGUGAAAGAGUUGAACAAAAAUCCUCUGUGGAAUCUUUAUAUCCAGUCUGUUGAGCCAGCCUUUCGCCACCUGAACAAGAGCGCUGCAGACUACGCCCGCCUCCACAUCAGCCAAGCCCUCAAGAACCACAAGCCCGUCAAGCCCAACAUCUCCAAGACCAAACAGCAAGCCAUCAACAACCUACGAAGAGAUCACUCCAUCCACUUCCUCACUGCAGACAAGGGGAACACAACCGUCGUCAUGGACAAAGCUGACUAUGACCGUAAGGUGCAGGAUAUUCUUGAGUUGGGUGCCUACUGGCCCCUUCACAAGAACCCCAUACCUUCCAUCCAAAAGAGAUUCCAGGCUAAGCUCCUAGCCCUCCAACGGUCAGCAUCUCCAUGGCCCUAUACCGACAGCUUCAACCCUCCAGUACAAGAUGUCCAAGAUUCUUUGGCCAGCCCAAGAUACACAAGACCAGUAUCCCACUACGACCCAUUGUAGCUUCCCGAGGCGGCCCCACCUACAACACCGCCAGGCACCUCACCAAGAUCCUUCACCCUCUGGUCGGCAACACCCCAUAUCAUAUCAAGAACUCGGACCAGUUCGCCCAGUUCAUCAACGGGUUGUCUCUACACCCCACAGACAUAAUGGUCAGCUUCGAAGUGGUCUCUCUCUUCACUAAUGUACCCACAUCCGAAGCAUGCACCAUCGCCAAGGAUAGGUUACUUCAAGAUCCCUUACUCAGCGACCAGACCAACCUCACACCACAUCAAAUCCACGAUCUCCUGAUCAGCUGCAUAUCAUCUUCCUGCUUCCAGUGGAGAGACAAAUUCUUCGAGCAGUCUUCCGGAACCUCCAUGGGAUCGCCUCUAUCCCCGGUUCUGGCAGACCUGUUCAUGGAAGAAUUUGCGCAGACAGCCCUCUUCUCCGCAGACCUCAAGCCCAGUGUAUGGAUCCGGUAUGUGGAUGACACUUUUGUCGUCUAGCCACACAGCCCACAAGACCUCCAGCUGUUCCUUCAACACCUCAACAGCCAACACAACGACAUCCAAUUCACCAUGGAGAAGGAACAAGACGGACGCAUUGCAUUCUUGGAUGUCGAGGUUUCAAGACUACAAGAUGGCACCCUAUCCCACACAGUAUAUAGGAAGCCCACACACACUGACCGCUACCUGAACAACCGGUCAUUCCACCACCCCAGCAUCAAGGCCUCCGUCAACAGAACACUCGUACGUCGAGCAUACAACA